UCUCUGUCUCUGUACCACAGCCAUAAUGUCGACACCAACAACACCGAAGACACCCACACCACCCACAUUGCCGCCGGGUUUGACCAAGACCUGUCACAUAGUGAAGCGACCCGAUUUCGAUGGCUAUGGCUUCAACCUGCACUCGGAGACGGUGAAGCCGGGACAGUUUAUCGGAAAGGUGGACGCCAAGUCGCCGGCAGAGUCUGCUGGCCUCAAGGAGGGCGAUCGCAUCCUGGAGGUGAACGGUGUCUCCAUUGGCAGCGAGACACACAAGCAGGUGGUGGCCCGGAUCAAGGCGAUUGCCAACGAGGUGCGCCUCCUGCUGAUCGAUGUGGAUGGCAAGCCCAUAAAUGUGUCGCCGCCCUCGCCAUCGGCCCUUUCCAAUUGCAGUGAACCAACGAAUGGCAAUGGCAAUCUGAGCACGCCGCCGCCACCAUCGGCCGCGGUGGCCUCCAUGAACAGCAACGGCAAUGUGUACAGCAGUUCCAAUGGCAACACAAAUGGCUUGGACUCGCCCACAGCCUCGCCCACACCCACAGCCAUGACAGCGCGCCAGACAACAGCUCCUAUGACGGCGGCUGCGGGAGCGGCAGGAAACCGGGCGGGCAGCCUGAACCUCCCACUGACGGUGGCCGAGAUGCGGGCCAAGCUUGCCUCCAAGAAGAAGUACGAUCCGAAGAACGAGAGCGUCGACCUCAAGAAGAAGUUCGAGAUCAUCCAGAAGCUCUGAGCGGCGUCCCCGAAAGCCACCCGUACUUGUUAUAACUUUACACGAAGCAAACAACCGAAAACGGUUCGUCACGAGGAGCAGCUGCAGGAGGAACAUAUAUAAUGUUUAACUAUUUAGUACGAGUCACUUAUUAACUAAGCAAGUUUUUAAUUAUUAUCCAUUAAGCAGGCGCGAUAAAGGACAGCGCUAGAGAGAAGGCACUUUUGACGUAGAAAAGCCAAGAGAAUAUGUACCAUAUACACAUAUAUCCACGAUAUACGAUACAGACAUCUUUUCAAGCUAUAAUAUUUUGCAUUGUAGUUCAUUGAACAACUUUACGUUGAAUAUGUAUUUAGUUUUGCGUAUUUUUUCCACAGUAAAUAAAGCAAAAUUAAAAAAAGAA